CCUGACAGACCUAUCGCAUAAACGGCAUACCUUUUAAUAAUAUUAUUGUUGAAAUAAUGAAACAUUUAGCGCGUGUUUGUCGACAAAAUUUUCAAUUUACUAAUACAGUGGAGAUAUUAAAUAAACCUACGUAUUAAACCUACAUUUUAUUUGGUACAGAAUUGUAUAAUACACCUUCACAAUAAUAUUAAAAUUGAAGUUUACUUCCAAAGUAUAGUAUGACAUCAUCUUGGGUUACGUAGCGAGGCCGCGUUCGCUCGGGAUGUGAGCCGGCUCGCUUCGUCGGUCCUCGACAAGCGGCUCUUAGUAUUGAAAUAGCACUCAUCGUGCACUAACGUCCUAUAUCGUUCUGUGAAAAGUUUUAUUACAUUCUGCCAUCAUGACUAACGUCAUGGAUGUAUUCACGGAGGACAAUCUCCAGUACCAAUUCUACCCUGUCUCGAGUGGUUCUGUGCAGUUCAAGGUGAGGGCUACCAAUGAUGCACACAUCGCACUCACCAUGGGUCCUCAGGAAACCGAACCUAUGUAUGAGGUCAUGAUUGGAGGAUGGGGCAAUGCAAAAAGUGUGAUUAGGCGUAACAAAACCAAACCCGACAAAGUCGAAAUCGAAACUCCAAAUAUUUUGAACGGAGGCGAAUUCCGCGGUUUCUGGGUUAGAUGGGACAGCGGCAUCAUCUCUGCCGGACGCGAGGGUGAAGCUAUUCCGUUCAUUUCGUGGUCAGACCCCGAACCUUUCCCCAUUCAAUACGUCGGAGUCUGCACCGGCUGGGGCGCCACUGGUACAUGGAAGAUUGAAGAUGGAGCUGAAUUUGAUACCCCGGACAAAUUAGAGUAUAAAUUUGGACCCGUCGCCGCCGGUGCGCUGGAUUUCGAAUAUCGCGGUCCCCACAACUGCCACGUUUGUCUCACUACUGCUCCCGCAGAAGUGGACCCAAUGUACGAAUUUAUCAUCGGUGGCUGGGAGAAUACCCAGUCUGUCAUUAGGUACUGCAGGCAGAAACCGGACAAGGUUACGGUCCCGACGCCCGGAAUCAUGAAUGCUAACGAGUUCAGGAAAUUGUUGAUUGAAUGGAGAUGCGGCAGACUGUUGGUGCGUGACAAGGUGUCGGGCGCGGUGAUCAUGGAGUGGGUGGACCCUUCCCCGUUCCCGGUCACACACUUCGGUGUGCGUACUGGGUACGGAGCACGCGGCAACUGGAAAAUCGCACACUUCUCCAAAAGCGGCGCGCUGCCACUGCCUCCGUCUGCUCCUGUGGCUGCCCCUCUGUACAGCAGCCCCCCUGGAUACCCAGGCGGUCCAGCCCCCGCCGGCGGCGCUGGCUCUUGGAUCAACGUCUCCGGUGGACAGGUUCCUCCUGGCGCUGUAGUCGGCGGUCAAGACUGUUCCGGAGAGCCUCUGUAUGUGAUCAGGGCGCAGCACGAGGGAGCCACAUUGCCCGGCAAGCUGGUACCGUCUCAUGGAUGCGCCUAUGUCCCUUGGGGCGGGCUUGAACAUGGCAAACCCGAAUACCAGGUAUUAGUUGGCGGUCCCAAUAAUUGGACCCCUACUAGUGGAUCCAACAUUCCUCCUGGAGCCUUCCCAGGUGGCCAAUCUGAAGACGGCGAACCACUGUUCAUCGGCCGCGUCCGCCACGAAGGCAGCAUGACUACUGGCAAGGUGCAGCCGUCGCAUGGAGUUUGUUACAUUUCAUUCGCGGGACAAGAGCUCGGCUUCCCAGAAUAUGAAAUCCUGAUGUCUUAAAAUUGUAUUAUUCUCGUUAGUACGAGCAAUAUUGUUAUUGCAUUUAACGUACUCUGAUUAAUUACCCGCACUUAGACUGAGGUCAAUGUCAAAUUGUUUACAUUGCAACGGUAGAUCUGCUUGUACUAAGUUGUUAAUUGAAAUGUAUGUGUAAUUUAAUUUAGUUAAGGUACAAACUACACAGUAGGUACCAAACAAUUAUAUUAUCACUGCGUCUAUUUAGUUGUUUGACGCAUCGCAUUAUCAUUAUAACUUAUAAUUUACUGCUAUAUUUGUAGCGUAAUGUCUUUGUUAAAUUAUUUUUUUACAUAAGUAUAUACACCCCAUGCUAAAAA